UCUGCCACUACGAGCUCCUCGGCUUCGAGCAGUUACCCAGUCAAGAACCUUAUUGACAACAAUAAGUUUACUUCUUACAAAGCUGCACGAAAUGCCAAGGAGGUUACCAUUUUUCUUGUUGGUAAAUGGAAUAUAAAGUACCAGAUACAAGAGAUUUCAUUCACGUGGCGGGUUCCUCCCAAGCACCACCAAUACUACGUGUCAUCAGAUGGGGUGGCAUGGACUAAGCUCUAUGAUAGCAUCACGAAGGAAGGCGGAGUUGAAGUAAACGACGGCGAAAUGGUAGGUACAUUGUAUGAUGUAACCAAGACCGUCAAACUCGAGCCCUCCGAAACAUUGGGUCACCGUGUCAAGGUUGUUUGCACCGGUGGAGCCUCAUGGGGGGAAUAUAUCACCGGCAAACGGGUGGUUGUGAAGGCAACUGUGCCAACAUCAGAGUCCACAAAGUCGUUUGAAGACGACUUCGUCGUGCCCAAGGGUCUGAAUUUGGGUGGUGGGGUUCGAGACAAACAUGGACAUGCUGGCAACCCAAGCGUCCCUCUGUAUGCAUACGACGAACCCUUGGUUUACCAGCGGUUUGUUGGCUUACGACAAAUCGCCGGGAAAAUCUACAAGCGUGUUUUUGAACGCUACAUCCAGUCCGAUUAUGAUUUGAGAAAUUUGUACAAAUUCGAUUUUAACGAAGGGUCGAACAGCUACAGUAAAGCUCGACUUUACCUUCUCCUUGUAAAAAAGGCCAUGGAUUCUAAUACGUUGGCAGAUUUUGUCGAAAGGGCGGUGGAACACUUUCAGCCUGAGAUCCAAGAAUUUUACGGCUGGGCCAGGCAUAAAGAUGCCAUGGAUGAUCUACAGGACUACGGGAAGCUGAUAGGACUGUUUGAGGAUGAAUACAAAAAAGUCCAGCACGGCUUCAAUAUGGUGUUUGGUGACAAAGCCUCGGUGGGCUUCUUGUGCGGAAUCAAAGAGGUGGUUGCUGAAAAAGGGCCAAAGAAAUUCCCAGGCACAUGUUGUCUUGACACACCAUACGAGGGAACUGGCGACAACUGGGGCAGGGAGCAUUCCUGCUCGGCAACAUGCAAGCAUCCAGGUCCCUUUUUUGGUGGCCUAAAUGAACAUGCAUGCGAAACUCAAGGAGGGACAUGGUGCCCAGCCCCAGCCGACUGCACUGAAUUGAAACAGUGUGUUGAUGACCAGAUUGAGUUGGCCAAGGCCAAUGGCAAACUUGCCUAUGAGAAGUACUUGGAACCGGCAAUAAUCACAGAUCCAUUGGAUUUUGAGGAGUGCGGCAGGAGCAGAAAGUAUUUUGGUUAUGACGAGUUGUAUACUCAUGACGAAGACAUCUGCGACAACUUUCAGCAGCUUCACAACACCAAGGAUUUUGGUUUCCUCGAUGAAUUCUUUGACCAAGGCACCCCUGAUAGUGGUGGUGGUGGUGGUGGUGGUGACGAAGAAGUGCCAGCGCUGGUCCCACUGAAAGAACCUGAUCAUUCCGGUUCCGAAGAGACUGCAAAGAAGGAGAAUAAAUACAAGAUAACGUUGUUUGUGUUUCAGCAAGUGUUUGCCGUUCUUGAGGUUAUCAAGGAUGUCAUUGCAGGAAUUAAGUGCCCAGACGAUCUCUCCGGUGCAGUCCAGUCGGGUUGUGCGGCAGUUAGUAACCUCGCCAUGGCUAUUGCUGCGGCAGUCGUUGCUGUGUUAGGAAUCGUGCAUGACAUCCUCUACUUUAUUUUUGACACUCUUAUUGGGCCGAGCGAUGCAUCUCGCGUGGAGGCAUACGAGAACACUGCCCCUGUCUUUGAAAACCUGGAGCUCAUGUACCAAAGAAUGUAUGAAGCAGAAGUGCGGCAGCAAGAGAAGACGGAUUCUUUGCAAGAGAAGAUGAUUGCCAUGGAAGAGAAACUCACGUCCAUUUUCGAGGCUACCGUGUCCGAGUCCGAGAGGAAGAGGAAUCUGUUGGAGCUGGACUCCACAGAAAACCAGGCGUUGGCGGGUUGA